UUGAGACUCCAUUCUCACCAUGUAUCCAUUAAUUACACUUCGUAUCGUGAUGCAAGAUCCGAGGACCCUACAACGCGAUCGCCCAGAUACUCACUCGCCCGAAUCAUGGGAAUGCUCAAGCCACUGUGGGCUUUCAAUCGAGCAUGCAGCAAUAUCUGACCUCAAACGACAAUGCUACUUUAGAUGCAUAGGCAAGAAGCCUACUUGAUCCCCCUCUUUUCAGUCUCACUGUAAUAGAU